AUUGGAACCACCUCAGGUUGGAAGUGUUGACAUGGCGGUGGGCAGCUGUCAGUGUUUACUUUUUUAUUUUUCGUGAUAGCGCCUCUAGUACACCUGCCACAGACCCGCACGCAGCACGAAAUACUGAAGGAACACUCGGCCGCACUCAGAAUUGAGGGGUCAGUGUGUAAAGGACUGAAAACUACUACUACUACUACUACUACUACUACUACUACUACUACUACUACUACUACACUGCCGCCACCAUGUCUAUAUCAGCUAUCUACAUUCUGGACGUAAAAGGCAAGGUCCUCAUUUCUCGCAACUACCGCGGUGAUGUGGACAUGGGCGUCAUAGAGAAGUUUAUGCCAAUUGUGCUGGAACGGGAGGAUGACGGCAACAUGGCGCCCAUUGUCCAGAUCCAGGAGGCCACAUUUUGCUUCGUUAAGGUCAGCAAUCUGUACGUAGUGUCAGCGACGAGGAUCAACGCCAACGUAACCCUUGUCUUCUCCUUCCUGCACAAGCUGGUAUCUGUAGCCCAGGAGUAUUUCAAGGAGCUGGAGGAGGAGAGCAUUCGUGAUAAUUUUGUGAUAAUUUAUGAACUUCUCGAUGAACUUUUGGACUUUGGCUACCCACAGACCACCGACACCAAGAUCUUGCAGGAGUACAUCACACAGGAGGGACACAAGCUGGAGAUCGCACCACGGCCUCCCAUUGCGGUGACCAAUGCUGUGUCUUGGCGCUCUGAAGGCAUCAAGUACAGAAAGAACGAGGUGUUUCUUGAUGUCAUAGAGGGAGUUAAUUUGCUGGCAAACUCAAACGGCAAUGUGCUGAGGAGUGAGAUUGUGGGCAGCAUCAAGAUGAGGGUGUACCUGUCGGGCAUGCCAGAGCUGCGCCUGGGACUCAACGACAAGGUGCUCUUCGAGUCCACUGGCCGGGGGAAGAGCAAAAGUGUGGAGCUAGAGGAUGUCAAGUUUCAUCAGUGUGUGCGUCUGUCCAGGUUUGAAAACGACCGCACCAUUUCCUUCAUUCCACCUGACGGAGAAUUUGAGUUGAUGUCGUAUCGUCUAAACACUCAUGUGAAGCCACUGAUCUGGAUAGAGUCGGUGAUCGAGAGGCACGCGCACAGUCGGGUGGAGUACAUGGUAAAGGCAAAGUCUCAGUUCAAGAGGAGGUCAACCGCCAACAAUGUGGAGAUUAUCAUACCAGUUCCCAAUGAUGCUGAUUCUCCCAAGUUUAAGACGUCGGUGGGGUCUGUCAAGUAUGCGCCGGAGAGAAGCUGCAUCAUUUGGACCAUCAAGUCGUUCCCGGGCGGCAAGGAAUACCUGAUGCGUGCACACUUCGGGCUGCCUAGCGUGGUUGGCGAGGACUCAGAAGGGAAGCCCCCCAUACAAGUCCGUUUUGAGAUCCCAUACUUCACUACUUCAGGCAUACAGGUACGCUACUUGAAGAUCAUUGAGAAGUCCGGUUACCAGGCGCUCCCGUGGGUCCGCUACAUCACCCAGAAUGGAGACUACCAGUUGCGCACCAACUAGACACUCACACACUCACACACACACACACACACACACACACGCACAUACUGUAUUUGCGAACAGAAUAUUAGUAUUAUUUCCUUUUGUUCUCAUUUUUGUUUUUCUAUCUUUCAUUUUGUCCUCUGCUUUUCACACACACACACACAGUAUUUGUGAGCAGAAAACUAAUAUUGUGUUUGCUUUUUUUAUCUAAUUUUCUUUCUUUUUUUCCUUCUUUUCUUCACAUAAAAUACCUAGAAAUAAACAAAGAUUUAUAGAUAAUUAGAAGUGUUUACAUAUUGUAAAGAGGUUGAAAGUGGGAAUAUUAUGAUAAAUUUAAGAAAAAUCAAAUUGUGAAUGAUAUGAAAAAUGUGAUAAAUAAUUAUAUUGAUUUCUUUGCUUGGAACUUUUCUUUCAUUAUUAUUAUUAUUAUUAUUAUUAUUAUUAUUAUUAUUAUUAUUAUUAUUAUUAUUAUUAUUAUUAUUAUCAUUAUUUCUAUUUUUACUAUUAUUAUCUCAGUCUCAGUCAAUCUAUCUAUCUAUCUAUCAACCUGUCUCUCUGUCUGUCUGUAUGUCUGUCUGUCUGCCUGUCUACCUACAUAUAUGAUAUGUAUAUAUUUUGAUGUAUAUUUUUAUGAUCAAUGCUUAUCUAGCUACACACACACACACACACACACACACACACACACACACACACACACACACACACACACACACACACACACACACUUAAUUUAUUAGUUUUAGUAUGAGAAAGCUUUGUGUGUGUGUGUGUGUGUGUGUGUGUGUGUGUGAUGGAUUGGUAUAAAAAUGAACGUACACGCUUUGUUUUGUGUGUGUGUUUGUGUGUACCAACUUUAGCUGAGGUGUGCAUGAUGUAUACAUAACAUUCCAUACACACACACACGCACACACACACGCGCGCGUAAUGAUUUGUUUAUUUUGUCAUUAUUAUUGUUUUUAUUAUUAUUAUAAUUAUUAUUAUUAUUAUUAUAUUAGUUGUAGUUUGCUUUGUUGUGAAGAAGGUUAGUGGUGGGUAGAGCUAACUUUAAUUUCUCUCUCUCUCUCUCUCUCUCUCUCUCUCUCUCUCUCUCUCUCUCUCUCUCUCUCUCUCUCUCUUCAACUUUGAAUUAAAUCUGUAAUUCAUUAUUAAAGAUUUUGUGCUAAAUUUUA